GCGCGUUUGGGUUGAUGAAUCUGAGUUUUUUAAUGCUGUAGCUUAAACUGGCAGGACAUUAAUGGGCCUGCUCGCAGCAGGUUGGCCUCUUGAAGGUUUAACUGAUGGCUGUCAGCGUCGAAAUGAAGAUCAUUACGGUAUAUUUUUUUCAAAAGCAUAAUAAGCUUAACUUGCAUGUACUCCUUCCGUUUAUCAUGUUCGGGUGGGUAGCGACCGACAUGGUUAUAGUUGCGUCUCGGCAACUACGACACAUUGCUUGGUCUACAGUUCCUACUGGGGGUAUUCGAGGCAGUCUCAUCCCUGGCGCGAUAUAUACUUUCACAAUCUCGUACCAGCUACCAGAACGCGCCUUGUGUCUAUCCCUCGUUAUAGCCACUGGUCCCCUCGGCGGAGCAUUUGGUGGAUGCAUCGCGUGUGCUGUAGGAUCCUUGGACAGAGUCCGGGAUCUCGAAGCUUGGCGAUGAUUAUUCAUCAUUGAAGGCAUACCGCGAUGCUUACUCGCAAUGAUUGUUUAUCUCUACUUACUCUCCUAUCCAGAGAAAGUAGCAUGGUUACUACCGGACGAUCGUGCUCUAGCUAUGUUGCACAUGAAGGAGACGUCCAGCUGGCUGGGCCACGCCACGACAACAUGGGAAGGGCAA